AUGUCUCCAGACCUAAACCCUAUUGGGCAUCUGUGGGGCCUCCUCAGAGGGAAGGUGGAGGAGCGCAAGAACCGUAAGGAGAUAAAUGACGUGCAGCCAGAUGUCUUUAAAGAGAUGAUGUGCUUCAUCUACACAGGAAAGGCCCCCAACCUAGACAAGAUGGCUGAUGACCUGCUGACUGCAGCUGACGAGUACGCUCCGCAGAGGCUGAAGGUGAUGUGUGAGGACGCCCGGUGCACCAGGCGGAGGGAGGAGAACGCCGCAGAGAUCCUCAUCCUUGCCGACCUGCACGCCUGCCCGGCAGACUUCAUCAAGAAUCACGCUGCUGACAUGAUGGAGACGUCAGCACAGAAGUCUACGGUGAUCUCUCACCCUCUCCUGGUAGCAGAGGCUUAUCACUCCCUGUCUUCCUCGUUCUCCUACAUCCAGAGACUGAAACCUUGCUACACGUCGAGGAGGAGCCACUCAAGCUGGGCAGACUAUAGAGAGUGA